AUCCUGAUCAACUGCAUAUCUGUCAAUAACUAUCUCGAUAAUACCCUUAUACAAGCAUAUUCACAAUGCUUUCCCUCCGUGCAUUCACUCGCUCAGCGCCUCGUGCGUUUGCGCGCUCCUAUUCCGUUGCCGCUCGCCCAUCAACCAUUCGUCUAGCAACCGCCAUCCAGCGACCCUCAUUACUCCAGAAGUCAUUCGUCAGAUGUCAAUAUCCUUCUUUCUCUACAGCGAGAAUUCUGCGGGAACCUGCUGGUGAAGUUGACCUCGAGCUUAGCGGAAAAUUAGAGGAGGAACUCAGCCACGAACAGAGCUCUGGAGAAUUGGAAGAAUCUGCGGCUGCUAUCAAGUCGUUCCUCGAAAAUAGCUCUUGGACGGUCAAGGAUGUUGCUGGAGAGCAAGAAGUUGUCUUGACCCGCAAAUUCGGCAAUGAAAAAAUCCGCGCUACCUUCACCGUCUCCGACCUCCAGAACGUUGCCGAGGACGAAUUCGACAGCCUUGCAGAGAGCGACUACGAGAACGUAAACCAAGCCGCACCCGGUGAACCCAUCUCCACCCGUCCCGAAGACCGUAUCGCUCCUUCCGACCGCGAAUUCGAUGAAGACGCUAUCCCCGGAUUCCCCGCUCGCGUCAACAUUGCCAUCGAGAAACCCGGCAACGGCGCUCUCCUCAUCCAAACCACUGCUUCAGACGGUAUCUUUGAGAUCCACGAAGUUUCUCAUUUCGCCAACGCCGAUCUUGCUGAAGCCGAGACCGCGGAGAAGGAUUGGCUCCGUCAGAGCCUUUACAGUGGUCCUGCUUAUGGAAACCUCGAUGAGGAGCUUCAGGCUCUCUUUGACCGAUAUUUGGAGGAGCGUGGUUUCAAUGCUGAGUUGGCCAACAUUAUUCCUGAAUAUAUCACCGUGAAGGAACAGAAGGAAUAUACCCGCUGGCUUGAGACCGUCAAGAAGUUCGUCUCAGCUUAAGUAUCCGGCACUAAUCUCUAUUCGGAUAUUUACGAUCCCUAUUGUCUUGAGUAGACAGUUUUACUGACAACAUCUCAACGUACACCCAUCCGAAUGUGUCGCCUCAUCUCUUCACCUAUGCCACUCUAAUCGCUAUGCCGUUUUGGCCUAAAUAUAUGUAUUAUAGAAACCAGAUUUAAUGCCAGCAUUAUCAUGUCCAUUUUUAUCAUUCGUAACGCUGCUUCUUAGGAAUUUAUCAUAUUUACAUAUCGUAAUGGUCCUAGUCAGGCUGAUAUCUUUGUCGGGCGUGCUGCAAGCGCCUUGCCCUGGCUGCAGGGUCAUCACGCUGAUAUCGGUCCCCCUCAUUUUGCCGACGAUGUUUAACCACCCUACCCAUCUCAACCCGAGGCGAGCCAGACGCAGAUCG